UAGUCAUGGGGAAGACAGGUGGAAGAGGCGACUUUGAAUGGGUCUACACUGACCAGCCGCACACCUCCAGGAGAAAGGAGAUUCUAGCCAAAUAUCCACAGAUCAAGUCUCUGAUGGGUGCGGACCCCCAGUUGAAGUGGGUGGUAUCGGGCAUGGUCCUAACCCAGCUCCUGGCCUGCUACCUGGUCCGCGACCUCUCCUGGAAGUGGAUCUUCUUCUGGGCCUAUGCCUUCGGAGGCUGCAUCAACCACUCCCUGACUCUGGCUAUCCACGACAUCUCUCACAACGUGGCUUUCGGCAACAAGCUGGCGAAGUGGAACCGCUGGUUUGCCAUGUGGGCCAACCUGCCCAUCGGACUGCCCUACUCCGCCUCCUUCAAGAAGUACCACAUCGACCACCACCGCUAUCUGGGAGGGGACCAGCUGGAUGUUGACAUCCCUACGGACUUUGAAGGAUGGUUUUUCUGCACCCCGGCCAGGAAGGUCCUCUGGCUCUUCCUCCAACCCUUUUUCUACGCCCUGCGGCCGUUGUUGGUCAAUCCUAAACCAGUGUGUCAGCUGGAGAUCCAGAAUGCAGUAGUUCAGCUUGCAGUGGACGUAAUUAUCUACUAUUUCUGGGGGCUGAAGCCCAUCGUUUACCUCAUUGCAGGAUCUAUCUUGUGCAUGGGACUGCAUCCGAUCUCCGGACAUUUCAUAGCCGAGCAUUACAUGUUUCUGAAAGGACACGAGACGUAUUCUUACUACGGACCACUGAACUUGAUCACCUUCAACGUCGGGUAUCACAUGGAGCACCACGACUUCCCCAGCAUACCUGGCAGUAAACUACCUCAGGUUAAGGAGAUAGCAGCGGAGUAUUACGACUCCCUUCCUCAACAUACUUCCUGGAUUCGGGUAUUAUGGGACUUUGUGUUCGACGACAGCAUCGGGCCCUACGCCAGGAUCAAACGGGAGUACAAGCUGAGCAAGCAGGAGUAGAUAUCUGACAAUUAUAUUUUCCAUUAAACCGACAUGUGAACUUCAUUUGUUAAAAUAUUGUUGUUGAAGUACGUUUUUUUUCUCCACACAGUGUGAUGUACAUAAAGUGUAAUAAUUACAGUUACUGCACGGUGAAUGAAUGUUUCAGCUGCAUAUGUUCCUACAGAUUGAUUGCAGCUGGAUAGUUUUCCAUUAUUUAUUCAUGCUUGUGUUCCUGCUAUAAACAGGUGGCCCAUUGUCGUGAUGUAAUGAUGGCAUUUCCUUGUCCCCCUCAUCGAGAGGGGCGACGGAAAGCUGACAGUUCCUCAUCUGUAAUAGGAAACAACAAAUGAUAGCAUAAAGUCAUUUUUUUCAUAGGAUAAAGGUCAACGGCAUUCUGGUGAGACUUUACAGAGAUGUCACUACCUCCUGCAGUUUCCUGCCUGUGCUCAUUAUUCAGGUUUCUAAAUGCGACGCUCUCACAUCCGUCGUGCAGAAAAGUGCUGAGGUGGAAAAUGAGCAUUGAAACUUACCUGCCAGUAAGAGGAGCCUUUUCCUUCAGUGACGCCUCAUUCUGCUUGUUCGCAGCAUCAUCGUGCUGUAAACCGUUCGAUUACAUCUACAGGGGGUGGACAAAAUAACAGAAACGAUGCAGCGCAAUGCAAAUAAACCAGUAGCUCUCUAGGAAAUCUGAUGAAGUUUAAACGUCCAGUACUGUUGAAUGAAGCUUCUAAUUCAUGAAAUACUCCCUUUAAUCUGCAUUCCUGACCAUUUCUUCUGCGGGUUUUCUAUCUCGUCGUGACUUUAGAGAUUGCAACAUGAAUUAUUUUAGGACUGUUGCACCAUUGUUUUUGACUGAUUCACCGCAGAGCCGAGCGACGCCUCGCAAUCACAUAUUAAACCUCCGAAAUCACAACAACAGCAGCCAGACGGCGUUAGCAAAGAGGAGCAGUGGACCAAAUCAACACUGUAGAAUAAAGUCAGUAUUUACUGCAGGGCUACAGCAUUAUGCAGCGUUGCUCUUAUUUUGUCCACCCACCGGUUGUGUUGAUUUAGGCAUGUUUCUAUUUAAAUGACUGUGCUAUAUAUAUAUAUAUAAAAAAGUAAUCACAAGAGGAAACU